AUGAGAUUGUACCUUCUACCGCUCUCCACGCGGCGAACGCUGCUCUAUGCGAAACGACUCGAGGUCACCACUGCGCCACAGGGUCGGACCUACGUUGACAAGGGCACCGCAUGGGCUGCCAGGACGUGGGCGCAGUGGGAGAAGAUGGAGUCGGGCUGGAAGCGCAAGGUCGUCGACUACGGGAACUACGCCUUUCGGCGCAUCCCCUACGAGGAAUGGGGGCUCAAGUCGGUGCCGCCUCUGUCUUCGCGACGUCGUGGCGAGGAUAUCCAGGGCAGAGGAAAGGUCGAGUUGUGUUUCCCGAGCUCGGUGAUACCAACCAACAAGGCUGAGGGUAUUCUACAAACUCUUGCGACGGAACGUCAGGCUCUCCAUAAGAAGAGGCUCGUCUGGUGCAUUGUGGGCAUGCCAAUUACCAUCCCAUUUGCGCUGAUACCCAUUAUCCCCAACCUCCCCUUUUUCUACCUUGUCUACAGAGCCUGGUCACACUACCGAGCCAUUGCGGGUGGCAAGCAUAUCCAAUGGCUUCUGGAGCACAAGCUACUACGGCCAUCUCCAUCCGAGAAGCUCGACCAGCUUUAUGCGCUACAUGCCCCGCCUGCUGAAGAGCCAGACAACAAGGAACGCACCCUCCUAACCCAAAAGGAAGUGCAGACCUUUUCCGAAACCCUCAACAUGCCGGCUCUCGAGGUCGAGCUAGAGAGAGCUAUAUGGCAGGUCGAGCACGCCGUUCUACACCCAGAUACUAAAAGCCCACCCAAAGAGAAAGCAGCCGGUACAGCGGCUGAGAAACCAGGGUCCACGGAGCCAGUGGAGGAAAAGUAUAAAGAGGAGAAGGAUAAAUGA